GUGGUAAGCGGGCCGGUACCCACAUGCUCGCCCAUACAUUCAGCUCACUGCUCAUAUCAAGCCCACGCGUGGUGUCGGUUAGGCGGCGCGCUCCGCCUUCCCCUUCUUCGACCUCCCGACGCGUGCUCACCUCCUCUUCGGAUCGUGGAUCCGCUGCUGCGCUGCACGAAUAAUCAAUUCCGAGUGAAAUAAAUUACAUAUAGCCAUCUAGAAGAGAGUCCUUUCUAGGUGAGUAGGUGUCCUCUUACGCGUGGGUGAGAGAACCCACUAGGAGCCACAGCCACCUCACAGUCUGUUCUCCUGUUGGAUCGGGAGGAGCAGAGCCGACGCGACGGGAUCAAGAUUUGUAUUUGAACCCGGACGACGGGAGGAGUACGAGGCCCAGUCAUGGAGGAGGAGAAGCAAGUGAUGGAGGGUGCCGCUACGGCGGCGAGGCGGCGGCUGGUGAUCGGGGUGGGGUUCUGGGUGCAGGGCUUCCGGCUCUUCCCGUGGCUGGGCGUCAAUUUCUUCCUCAAGGACGGCAUGGGCGUUGCUGCCUCCUCGCUGCAGAUCCUCCAGGCCUCCGCCAACCUGCCCAUGGUCGCCAAGCCGCUCAUUGGCCUCCUCUCGGAUGCCGUCCCCAUACGCGGCCAUCGCCGCCUGCCCUACGUCGCCAUCGGCGCUCUCUUGCAGGCAAUUUCAUGGCUAGCAAUUGCACUUUGGCAAGAUAUCUCUCUUCAAGUUCUUACCAUUUUUCUCCUCUUGAGCAACUUUGGUGCUUCCAUAUGUGAGGUUGCCAAUGAUGCCAUUGUAGCGGAGUCUGGGAAGAAAGCGGCCUCUUCCUCAGGAUCAGGUCAGCUUCAAUCGUUUGCUUGGAUGUUCGGCUCUUCUGCUGGUGCUUUAGGAAACCUCCUAGGUGGCAUUGCUCUCAGCUAUUUUUCUCCCAAAGUCAUGUUUCUGUUUUUCGCAAUCCUUCUCCUGCUCCAGUUCUUCACAACUGUGGCUAUACCUGAGGGCUCUCUCAAACUCCCUAAGGUAGCUACUUCUACCAAUCUAUCAGCACUCACCAGCAUCCGUAAGCAAGUCAAAGAGCUGUCAUGCGCCCUAUCUAUGCCUGAAAUGUUUUGGUCAAUUAUAUGGUUUACAGCGUCAUACGCUGUCAUACCUUUUCUACUUGGGACCAUGUUCUUCUACCAGACUGAAGUGCUAAGACUAGACUCCUCGGUUAUCGGCUUAUCGAAGGUGUUUGGGCAAGUGGCUCUAUUGGCUUGGAGCAUGUCAUACAACAAGUACUUCAAGACAAUGUCCGCCCGGAAGCUCCUGUCAGUUCUGCAGUUCGUCACAGCGCUCGUAAUGUUGUCAGAUGUGUUGUUCGUUCAGGGAGUAUACAGGAAGGUGGGAAUUCCAGACUCCAUAUACACGAUUGUCUUCUCCGGGCUGCUCGAGGGCCUUAUGUUUUUCAAGGUCCUGCCCUUCAGUGUUCAUGUUGCAAAACUUUGCCCUGCUGGCUGUGAGGGAUCAGUGAUGGCCUUUGUCAUGUCUGCGCUUGCCCUUGCGACUAUCGUCAGUGGCUACCUUGGAGUUGCUCUUGCUGCCUUCAUGGGAGUGUCUGGAGAUGAUUUCUCAGCACUGCCAGCUUGCCUGUUGAUUGAGGCUGCGUGCACAAUGUUGCCACUAUGUUGCUCGUCCUUGAUCAAAGAGAGAAGAGAAAAGGAGAAAAAACAAGAGUAGAUUACAUAUAUAUUAUCUGAAGAUGAUGUAAAGCUCAUUGUUGUUACCCUCGUCCUCAUGGUGUCAUUUCAGUUUGUUAUGUGAUCAUAGCUUGCAGAAACAAAAUAGGAGAUGAUUACACAUUUACACUUGUCCGGUGUUAACACCUCUAAGGCUUGUCAAGAACUACAGUCAAACGAGCAUAUAUGUACAUACAUGCGUGCCGCUACCAUUCUUCUACAGAUUUAGGCCAUGUUUAUUUCCCUCUUGGAUCUUGGAUUAUAUAAGUUAAAUUAUGGUGGAAGGGUUGGAAGGUAAAAUAUCACUUUGGGAUUAUAAAUAAGCUGAAAUAAGCUAUCUAAUAUUAACUUAUUUUAACUUAUUUGUGGUUUCAAAGUGAUAUUUUACCUUUCUAUCCGAAUCUAACUUAUAUAAUCAUAAUCUGGGAGAGAAACAAACAUACCUUAGUAAUUACUUUAUGUAACUAGUUUUAGUACAUCGUUUUUUAUGUAAUGGUUUGCCUGUGACAUGUGUUUUAUAUCGACAGUUCAAUUUGCUUGUGUUGCCUCA